CUCCUCCUCCUCCGAUCUUUCUCUUCCACCUCCUCCUCCCGAUCUCCCUCUUCCUCCCCUACCCAUAGCUGACGUCAUUCCCUCCCCAUCGCUGACUUCCUCCCCUCCCCAUCACCAACCUCCUCCUCCGACGAUGAUGAUCCGAUCUUUCUCUUCCACCUCCUCCUCCCGAUCUCCCUCUUCCUCCCCUUCCCAUCGCUGACUUCCUCCUCCGUCCCAUCGUUGAUUUCCUUCUUCUCCCCGUUGUGACUUCAUCCCCUUCCCCCGUCACGUCAGCUUUUUUUUUUUUUUUUUUUUUCUGCUUGAUAAGGACGAGGACGAGGACGAGGAGGAUCACAACGAUGGGGAGGACAAGGAGGAAGAGGGCGAGGAGGAGGGGGAGGAAAAAGAUCGCGACGGGAGGAGGAGGAGGAGGAGGAGGAGGAGGACGAGGAGGAGGAGGUGGGGAAGGGGGAGAAUAUCGGCUAUGGAGUAUAUCGGCUUUGGGAGGAGAAGGAGGAGGAGGAAGAAGAUGGCGAUGUGAAAGGAGGAGAGGAGGAAGGAGGAGGAGGAGGAGGAGGAGGAGGCAGAAGACGGCGAUGGGGAGGAGGAGGAGGAGGAGGAGGAGGAGAAGGAGGAGAACGAUCGGCUAUGGGAUGAGAAGGAGGAGGAGGAAGAGGGCGAGGAGGAGAAGGAAGAAAAAGAUCGCGACGGGAGGAGGAGGAGGAGGACGAGGAGGAGGAGGUGGAGAAGGGGGAGAAAGAUUGGCUAUGGGAGGAGAAGGAGGAGGAGGAAGAAGACGGCGAUGGGGAGGAGGAGGAGGGGGAGGCAGAAGACGGCGAUGGGGAGGAGUAGGAGGAGGAGGAGGACGACGACGACGACGAGGAAAAAUAUCGCGAUUGGAGGAGGAGGAGGAGGAGGAGGAGGAGGAGGAGGAGGAGGUGGAGGAGGAGGAGAAGGGGGAGAACGAUUGGCUAUGGGAGGAGAAGGAGAAGGAGGAAGAAAAUGGCGAUGGGGAAGGAGGAGAGGAGGAAGGAGGAGGAGGAGGAGGAGGCAGAAGAUGGCGAUGGGGAGGAGGGGGAGGAGUAGGAGGAGGAAGAAGAUGGCGAUGGGGAAGGAGGAGAGGAGGAGGACGAGGAGGUGGAGGUAAAUGGCCAUGGGGAGGAGGAAGAGGAGGAGGAGGAGGAGGAGGAGAAGGGGGAGAAAGAUCGGCUAUGGGAGGAGAAGGAGGAGAGGAGGAAGGAGGAGGAGGAGGAGGAGGCAGGAGACGACGAUGGGGAGGAGGAGGAGGAGGAAGGAGGAGGAGGAGGAGGAGGAGGAAGGAGAAGGAGGAGGAGGAGGAUAGCGAUGGGGAGGAGGAGGAAAAUGCCGAUGGGCGGGAAGGGGGGGGGGGGGGGGGGAGGAGUAACACGACCCUCCCCGGCUGUGCAGACUUUCCUCUUCUGACGCACUUCGAAAACAUGGAUGAGAUUUUGGGCUACAUUGAAAUAAAAGUACCUGGACGACUGGCGAUCAUCACAAAGGGAGAAGCGUUUCCUUUUCAAUAUGAGAGAAUCUUCAGGAUCGUAGCGGGAGGACGGACAAUGUUUGUCAUCAUGGUGAGGUUCACUGAUCUCAACAUUUUGGACAUGCGAAUAUAUGAGCGUCGGGGGGAAAAUUGGAUGCGAGAAGAUUUGACAAGAGCUUAUGUAAAAGCUUCAGAAGUUUUUUUCGCCUUGAGACGUGUUGUGCUCGGAGCAGAGGGUGACAUUCAGGGUUUCUCGUUUUCCAUUACGGAGUUCGAAGGUCUGCCUCAACCUCCAAUCCAGUUUUGCAUGGUGGACGGUUCGACAUGGGAACCGAUAGUGAACGCUCUGCGAAGAGGCUUCUUCUGAGGACUUCAACUUUUUAAGACGUUUGGUGACUAGUCUUACGUUUUUAGAAUUUUGUGUCAUUAUGUCGGAUUUGUGAACAUUUUCGUAGUAUAGUCAUUUAUGAUUAUUUUUAAUUUUCACCAGUUUGAGAGACGAGUCUCGACACUUCCCAAGUUUUGCGGUCGAAUGUCAGAUUAGUUGAAAUUUGCACACUGUAAAGUAUUAACGAAA